AUGGGGUCGAGGGGGAGGGGGAAGCCAUCGGCGUCCAGAGGCGGGUCCAACGGCCAAUCGCUGAACCCCGUUUCACGCCGCCCUUCCCGCCCUUCUCUCCCUUCUCUCCCCUCCCUGCCUUCCCUGCCGCUGUCUCUGUCUCGGCCGCUUUCUCUUGCGUCUCUCCCGUCCCUGCCUUCCCACUCCUCCCUGCCCUCCCUCCACUCCCUGCCUUCCCUCCCUUCCAUCCCUUCUCUCCCCUCUCUUCCCUCUCUCCCUUCUCUUCCCUCUCUCCAAUCUCCUGCCUCUCUGCCUUCCCUCCCCUCCCUCGCUCUCUCCUCUCCCGCCCUCCAUGAUCCACGUCCUCCCAACAUACUCUCCCUUUCCUGCUCUCUCUCCCUCUCCCACCCGCUCGAUCCCUCCCUCACUUCUCUUCCUCCUACACCCCCUCUCUCCUCCCUGCUCCCCCCUCUUUCCUCCCUGCUCCCCCUACCAAUCCCACCCUCCUCGCUGUCCUCCUCCCCUUCCACACUGCUCAUCCGCCCCCUCCCCUUCUCCACAGCCCGUCUGCUCCCUUCCCUCCUCUCACUCCCUUCCCUCCUCUCACUCCCUUCCCUCCUCUCACUCCCUUCCCUCCUCUCACUCCCCUCCCUCCUCUCACUCCCCUCCCUCCUCUCACUCCCUUCCCUCCUCUCACUCCCCUCCCUCCUCUCACUCCCUGCCCGCCUAUCAAGACUAUCUGCUCUCUUCCUCUCCUCUCUCUUCCCCUCCUCUCCCUUACCCCUCUUGCUCUCUUCCCCCUUGUCUCGCUUGCUCUCCUCUCCCUUGCUUCUCUUGCUCUCUUCUCCCUUCUCCUUUUUGCCUUCCUCUCCUUUCUCCCUCCUCCCCUCCUCUCCCUUCUCCCUCCUCCCCUCCUCUCCCUUCUCCCUCCUCCCCACUUCCCCCUUUUCCCUCCUCCCCUCCUCUCCCUUCUCCCUCCUCCCUUCCUCUCCUUUCUCUCUCCUCCCCUCCUCGCCCUUCUCCCGCCCCACAUCAAAAGACGAACUCGAGUUCUUUCUGUGA